AUGAGCAAAAACCCCAUCCCCCAAGACCAGCGUCUCUAUUCCGGCCGCGUAGAAGUCAUCCAACUUACGAACAUAGAGAGCGCCUCCCAGGGCAGUGCGAGUUUGACUACCUCAAGUCCCGUCCAUUCUCAGAAGCAGCGACUUGCUUUCUCCGGCGACAUCGAGGCGAGCGCUGCGAGUAACGCUGUCGGGCCCCAUAUCCUUACCGACCCCAACCCUCAGGGCGACAAAGCAACUCCGGCCCCUGCCGCCUUGGCUCACCUCUCUUCACGUGCCAUUCGAAAGAGGAUUAGCAUUAAACGUCUCACUGAGGAUGAAGAAAUGAGUGCUGAAACCUCCACAUCGCGAGUGGCUGUACCCCGAUUAACAUCGAUCGGCGUGCUGAUCUUCUGUAGCUCUCGCUCCUCCCACACCCCCGCCGCGCAACCUCAAGCUAACCCUCACGAGUUUCGCAUGGCCCCUGGAACGAUCAAGAACCCCUCCUACAAUCGCUUCCACCCCAAUCUCGGUACACUCCUCGGUUCGGACGGUGGCCAACGUCCUAAACGGAGGCCAGAGCUUCAGCUUCGGGGGCAUACACCCAACGACCGUGAAGGAGACUAUGGAAGUCAACGCCCCUUGGACAGCACCACCCUUCCUAACAUUCUUCAAGCACCUCCUUCUAUACCUCAAGAGCAGCAAUCCCGAGCGCCAGAACCUCAAAAAUCAGUACACAAGCUUCCCAAGAAUGUUAUUCAAGUUGAAGAGCGCGAGUCGUCCGAGUGA